GCGGGGGGGUCGCAAUUGAAGUCAAUCGGCGGACCCCCUCCUCCCAGCACCCACCCGCUGGCGCCUAUUAAUAGCCGUGACGCAGCCGCUUUCCGCCUGUUCGCCGAGCGCGUGUGGAGCAGGGCUGAGGCAACAACCCACUGGCAAAAGCAAUGGGUAAGGAAAAGAUCCACAUCAACAUUGUUGUCAUUGGCCAUGUGGAUUCUGGCAAGUCCACCACCACUGGCCAUUUGAUCUACAAAUGUGGUGGCAUUGACAAGAGAACCAUUGAAAAGUUUGAGAAGGAAGCUGCUGAGAUGGGCAAAGGAUCCUUCAAGUAUGCCUGGGUAUUGGACAAGUUGAAGGCUGAACGUGAACGUGGUAUUACGAUUGACAUUUCUCUCUGGAAAUUUGAAACCAGCAAGUAUUAUAUUACCAUUAUUGAUGCUCCUGGUCACAGAGAUUUCAUUAAAAACAUGAUUACUGGUACUUCUCAGGCUGACUGUGCUGUAUUAAUUGUGGCGGCUGGAGUUGGUGAAUUUGAAGCUGGCAUAUCUAAAAAUGGCCAGACUCGGGAGCAUGCUCUUCUGGCCUACACUCUGGGUGUGAAACAGCUCAUCGUUGGAGUGAAUAAGAUGGAUUCAACUGAACCCCCAUAUAGCCAAAAACGAUAUGAAGAGAUUGUUAAAGAAGUCAGCACUUAUAUCAAGAAAAUCGGUUACAAUCCAGACACUGUGGCAUUUGUACCAAUCUCUGGCUGGCAUGGUGACAACAUGCUGGAGGCUAGUUCUAAUAUGACUUGGUUCAAAGGCUGGAAGAUCAACCGUAAGGAAGGUAAUGCUAAUGGAGUUACUUUGUUGGAGGCUUUAGAUUCUAUACUACCACCACAACGGCCAACAGAAAAACCCCUUCGUCUUCCUCUGCAAGAUGUCUACAAAAUUGGUGGUAUUGGUACUGUACCAGUGGGUCGUGUUGAAACUGGUAUUCUGAAACCCGGAAUGGUAGUUACAUUUGCACCUGUUAAUGUGACAACAGAAGUAAAAUCUGUUGAAAUGCACCAUGAAGCCCUGACUGAAGCUAUGCCUGGUGACAAUGUUGGCUUCAAUGUUAAGAAUGUGUCUGUAAAAGAUGUUCGCCGUGGCAAUGUUGCUGGGGAUAGCAAGAAUGACCCACCAAUGGAAGCUGCCAACUUCACUUCACAAGUAAUCAUUUUGAACCACCCAGGACAGAUUGCUGCUGGUUAUGCUCCUGUCUUGGAUUGCCAUACUGCUCACAUUGCUUGCAAGUUUGCUGAGUUAAAGGAGAAGAUUGACCGUCGCUCUGGAAAGAAGCUAGAAGAUAACCCCAAAUCUCUCAAGUCUGGGGAUGCUGCCAUCGUUGAAAUGAUACCUGGGAAGCCCAUGUGUGUUGAGAGCUUCUCUGAGUACCCACCUUUAGGUCGUUUUGCGGUUCGUGACAUGAGACAAACUGUGGCAGUUGGCGUCAUCAAAGCUGUUGAGAGAAAGGCUACUGGUGCUGGCAAAGUAACCAAGUCUGCCCAAAAGGCUCAGAAAAGCAGAUGAAUUCGACAUUUAUCGGUUGCCACUUCUUCAGCCUCCACAGUUGGCAGCCCAGUUUUAGAGUGGAUGAUCACAGUUUACCAUUUAAGCUCCAAAAUAAAAGACUGGUUAAUCAAAAUGCAUCGUAAAUACUUCCGAAGGAAAUGAUUGUGGACCACUUCAUUAAUCUACGUUGUAGCAGUUUUAAGUUAUUAGUUUUAAAAGCUGUACUUUUAAGUGAAAACCAAUGUCUUGACAAUUGUCCUAGAAAUUAAAACUGUUAAACCAUGA